AUUUUGUUCAAAUCAAAUUACACCAUUAAUUUACUGCCAAAAGAAAAAUUACAGUUACUUGAUUAUUUGAAAAACAAUCCCUAAAUUUUAGCACUGAGUUAUAUGAAAAAUUUAAAUUUGAAAUUAGUUUAAAUGAUUCAGGGAUAAAAAAUUAACUUGAAUUAUUUUUCUACCCAAUUUAUGUUUUUUCUAUCUUUCAGGAUAUUUUCGGUUUUCAGUAAUUUUUUUUGGUUUAAUGCUGAUCAAACAAAUUGACAUUAUUUGUUUUAAAAAUGUUGCAAUAGAAUUUACACGCAUUCACCUUCAUCCAAUAUUAAGCUAUGCUUCAGAGCGAACCCGCACUCAUUGGCCGUGAAUUCACGUUCUUCGUUUUUAAUGAAACAAAACAAAUUCACGCCCUGAAAUGAAAAGAUUCAAAUCGUCGAAGAGAAAUAAGUACUGAUCACCAACUGGGCUAGUCUCAACGGCAAAAAGAACCAAUCUUUCAUGGUUGGUUAACAGAGAAGAAAAUGACACAGUACAUGCCAUUAUUCAGGUCUUGUUCUAGCUUAUGGUCACUCACCCAGCUCCAUGCGCACCUUGUGGUAACCGGCCUCCACAAGAACCCACUCGCCUCAACCAAGCUCAUCGAGUCUUACGCUCAAAUGGGUUCCAUCCAAUCUUCAAGACUUGUCUUCGGGACCUUCUCGUUUCCAGAUUCUUUCAUGUGGGGCGUGAUAAUGAAAUGUCACUUGUGGAACAACUUCUUCGAGGACGUAGUUUCUCUUUAUCAUCACAUGGUUAUUUUGGAGACACAUGUUUGCAGAUUCGUAUAUCCCUCUGUUUUGCGGGCUGUGUCGAGAAUUGGUGACUUGGGUGGGGGAAAGAAAGUUCAUGGGAGGAUAAUUAAGUGUGGGUUGGAUACUGAUACUGUUAUCGAGACUUCAUUGCUUGGUAUGUACGGUGAAUUGUGCAGUUUGGGUGAUGCUCGAAAGGUGUUUGAUAAAAUGGGUGGCAGGGAUGUGGUUUCAUUUAGUUCUAUUGUCUCAUCUUAUGUGGAGAAUGGAGAGGCAAGAGAAGGAUUGGAGAUGUUUCGUUAUAUGGUUUCUGAAGGGAUUGAACCUGACUCGGUCUCCAUGCUUAGUGUAGCAGAGGCUUGUGCCAAAUUUGGUUGUCUGAGGCUUGCAAAAUCUGUCCAUGGACAUGUAAUCAGAAAAGAAAUGGGAAGUGAUGGGAAUUUGAAUAACUUUCUUCUGAUCAUGUACAGCCAGUGUGAUUACUUACGGGGUGCGAAAACCAUAUUUGAGAACAUCAUUGAUCCAAGUACUGCUUCUUGGACAUCCAUGAUUUCAUCCUAUAAUCAAAGUGGAUGCUUUCAAGAAGCUAUUAAUAUUUUUAUCCGAAUGCAGGAGUCAAAAGUGGAACCCAACGCAGUGACAAUGAUCAGCAUUCUAAGUUCCUGUGCUAGACUGUGCUGUCUAAGAGAGGGAAAGUCAGUUCAUUGCUUUCUUUUAAGAAAAGUCAUGGAUGCUGAUAUGGACCUAGGGCCUGCACUAAUAGAUUUCUAUGCUGCUUGUCAGAAAAUAUGCUGUUGUGAGAAACUUCUUCGUGUAAUUGGAAACAAUAAUAUUAUCACAUGGAAUACACUCAUAUCACUUUAUGCUCGGGAGGGUUUAUACAGGAAGGCCUUGGUACUAUUUGCAGAUAUGUUGAGAAGAGGGAUAAUGCCAGACUCGUUUAGCCUAGCAAGUUCAAUUUCAGCUAGCGCAAAUGCAGGUUCAGUACAGCUUGGACAGCAGAUGCAUGGCCAUGUGUUGAAAAGUGGGUUGAUGAAUGAGUUUGUGCAUAACUCCUUGAUUGAUAUGUAUUCCAAAUGUGGUUUUGUGGAUUCGGCAUGCAUGAUUUUUGACAAGAUCACACAGAAAAGCGUUGUGGCAUGGAACUGUAUGAUGUCUGGUUUUUCUCAGAAUGGCAUGUCAGCAGAAGCACUUAACCUAUUUGAUAAAAUGUACUUUAAUGGUCUGGAGAUCAAUGAAGUAACCUUCUUAAGUGCAAUUCAAGCCUGCUGCAAUUUGGGUUAUCUAGAAAAGGGGAAAUGGAUUCAUCACAAGAUCAUUACAUGGGGCUUACAGAAGGAUCUUUAUGUAGAUACAGCUCUAACUGACCUGUAUGCCAAAUGCGGAGACCUUAAAGCAGCCCAAGGAGUCUUCGAUAGCAUGUCUGAGAAAAGCGUGGUAUCAUGGAGUACUAUGAUUUCUGCUUAUGGCAUGCAUGGUCAAAUAAAUGCUGCAGUCUCACUCUUCACCGAAAUGACAGAGUCAGGUAUAAAACCAAAUGAAGUAACCUUCACGAACAUCUUAUCUGCCUGUAGUCAUGCAGGAUCAGUGGAAGAAGGGAAGUUAUAUUUCAACUGUAUGAAACAUUAUGGCAUUGAGCCCAACACAGAACAUUUUGCCUCUAUUGUUGACCUUCUGAGUCGAGCUGGCGAUAUUGAUAGGGCAUACGAAAUAAUAAAGUCAAUGUGCCUUCCUGUAGAUGCUAGCAUAUGGGGAGCUCUGCUUAAUGGGUGUAGAAUACACAGGAGGAUGGACUUGGUUAGAAGCAUCACAACGGAGCUUGCGGAUAUUGAUACAGAUGAUACAGGAUAUUAUACUUUAUUAUCUAAUUUAUAUGCCGAAGAAGGAAACUGGGAUGAGUCCAGAAAGGUGAGAUCAAGGAUGGAAGGGAUAGGCCUGCAGAAAGUCCCUGGAUAUAGCACUAUUGAGAUUGAUAAGAAAAUCUAUAGAUUUGGGGCUGGAGAUACUUCUGAAUGGCAAAUUAAAGAAAUUUACGUGUUUUUGGAAAAUUUUCAAAGUUUGGCACAGGAGCAUGGAUGUGAAGUAGAUUGCUGUAGUCCAAUGCGUAAAGCUAGUAAGUGUUUUCAUGAGAAUAGUAUUCACAAGUUAGCAACCGCUAUCUAGAACAUUGCCUCAUUUCUC